UGGUAACAGUAGGGUCGUUAAACACGGCUGGCUGUAAGGAACGGAAGUACUGGGAAGAAGACACAAGUCAUGAUUUCUGCCUGUUUUUGCUAGGUUUUUAGAUUUUGUAUUUGUUGAACCGUAGAGGACUAUUUAUUUAGUCUUUUUAUUUUCCAGCGAGAUGGAGCAGCCGGUGCCUAAAAAUAAACUGAAGAAGCUUAGUGAAGACAGUCUCACCAAGCAACCAGAAGAAGUCUUUGAUGUCCUUGAAAAACUUGGUGAAGGGUCCUAUGGAAGUGUAUUCAAAGCAAUCCAUAAAGAAUCAGGCCAAGUGGUGGCCAUUAAACAGGUUCCUGUGGAGUCGGACCUGCAGGAGAUCAUCAAGGAGAUCUCCAUUAUGCAACAAUGUGACAGUCCCUAUGUGGUUAAAUACUAUGGAAGUUAUUUUAAAAACACAGACCUGUGGAUUGUGAUGGAGUACUGUGGCGCUGGCUCUGUAUCUGAUAUCAUCCGGUUACGUAACAAAACACUCACAGAAGACGAGAUUGCUACUAUCCUAAAAUCUACAUUGAAAGGUCUUGAGUAUCUGCACUUUAUGAGAAAGAUCCAUAGAGACAUCAAAGCUGGGAAUAUUCUUCUCAAUACUGAGGGACAUGCUAAACUGGCAGACUUCGGAGUGGCUGGACAGCUUACUGACACGAUGGCUAAGAGGAACACUGUGAUCGGCACACCGUUCUGGAUGGCACCGGAGGUGAUUCAGGAGAUCGGGUAUAAUUGUGUGGCAGAUAUCUGGUCGCUGGGUAUCACGUCUAUAGAAAUGGCAGAGGGCAAACCUCCUUACGCGGACAUUCAUCCAAUGAGAGCGAUUUUUAUGAUUCCAACGAAUCCACCCCCAACAUUCCGGAAACCCGAGCUGUGGAGUGACGAUUUCACAGACUUUGUAAAGAAAUGUUUAGUGAAGAACCCAGAGCAGAGAGCUACAGCUACUCAACUGUUACAGCAUCCCUUUAUAACGAGUGCUAAACCAGUGACCAUUCUGAGGGACCUGAUCACAGAAGCGAUGGAGAUGAAGGCAAAGAGACAACAGGAGCAGCAGCGUGAGCUGGAAGAGGAGGAUGACAACUCGGAGGAAGAGGUGGAAGUGGACUCUCACACCAUGGUGAAGUCUGGCUCAGAAAGUGCCGGCACCAUGAGAGCCACAGGCACUAUGAGUGACGGCGCUCAGACCAUGAUCGAGCACGGCAGCACCAUGCUGGAGUCAGACCUGGGCACCAUGGUCAUCAACAGCGACGAGGAAGACGAGGAUGAAGAUGUGGGCUCAAUGAGAAGAAAUCCAACCGUUCCACAAGGCCAACGUCCAUCUUUCAUGGAUUACUUUGACAAGCAGGACUCAAACAAAGCACAGGAGAGUUAUAAUCACAACCAGCAGGACCCUUAUCACAUGCCCAAGACUGCUUUCCCAGACAACUGGAAAGUACCACAAGAUGGAGACUUUGAUUUUCUGAAAAACCUCGACUUUGAGGAGCUGCAGAUGCGCCUCAGUGCUUUGGACCCCAUGAUGGAGCGGGAAAUCGAGGAGCUGCGGCAGCGCUACACAGCUAAGAGGCAGCCCAUUCUCGAUGCCAUGGAUGCCAAGAAGCGCCGGCAACAAAACUUUUAAGACUGACUCCAGGAAGAAAGCAAGUACAUUAAGAAAGAAAAAAAAAAAAGAACUGGCAGGCCAGAUUAUUUCCCCUCUUUACAGUCUUAUAUUCAGUUUCUGAUGCUGAGCCUCUUACUGUACACCCUCAGCUGCUGAUUAGCCGCAGGAGCAUCUAGCUAAGUAUUAGAAUGCUGUACAUUAUUUCUAGGGAAUUUAUCUGAGGCCUGAGCCUUGUUUUCAACGGUUGCACUGUGUACAAUAACAAAUACAGCAACAUUUAAGGUUAAAGUGUAAAGGGUAAGAAAUGGCAGCAAAUCAAGAGAGUCAGUUGAUGUGAUGAAACAUUCUCAACCUCCAAUGAGCUGGAAUUCCUGUGUAAGGUAGUGAAGGCUUUCAUUUAGCAGACCCAAGUCUAACUGAUCUACAAAUCUUUACACUUAUUCAGAUCUCACCUAGAUGACGCUUGUGCACAAGAGAACAUAACCACCACCAGAAACGUGUGAAAAAUGUCUUUCACAUCUCACAUCUCAACACCUUUCCUCUCAGUAAAUUGGGUCAGUUUUAUUCACCAUUGGUCAGACCACUGUUUUAUCUGAAAACAUAUCUCUCAUAUCGCCAUAGCAAGGAGUCACAGAUGCGGUGUCUAAACCAGGCAUUCCCAAACUUGGUGUUGCGACCCCGUAUGAGGAUUUACAAAUGGGGUCCCAAGAAAAACUCAACAGCUCCUCUUUUGUCUCAUUCAUUUAUUUAAACAAAUUGAUAUUAGAAAUAUUAAAGAGGAUUUUGUGUGAUAAUAUAAGCCACAUGUAAAUGAACAACUAUAUAUUAUUUUAGUAUUUUUCCACUAUAAUGACAUGCUGCACUAGCGUAGGUCAGCAAUAAUAAUGGGCAAGCCUUCAUUAAACAAGCUAGCAUCAUGUCUCAUCACGUGUAAUAUUCUAGACUGUUACUGAGUACUAAUACUAAUCAGUUCAGCUUAUUUUGUCACAUUUAAACCUUCUGUAAGCUCUGUUUUACAUACUUGUGUUCAAAAGCAAAUAUUUUUCAGUAUACAGUCAGAGUUUUGGAUUUGAGAUGAUUAAUAAUCAUAAUGAUGCUGGAAAGUUUUAAAAAGAGACAGAGCUGAUCAGACUGUUUAAUAGCUGUGCAUAAUAUCACUAAUUAGUGUGUUGAUUGAGGUGUCAUCUUGUGAACGUUGCUUGCAAAUUCCCUGGAUGUGCCUAAUAUACAAACCGGGGUGUGUAAAUUAUAAUACUGCUCAUGUUACCACUGCUUCCACAUGUACAGGCAAAAUCAGAUUCCUCUGCUUCACAGAUCAUUUAUAACAACAGAACUGGCCAGUAAAUCAGUGCAAGGAAGAUUUCUUUGUUCUUUAGUCAUUUACAUUACACAUACACUAUACCGAUCAGGCAUAACA